AUCGCUGCAUACGCCGCACGCCGCUAUUUCUUAUUCAGUGGGCCGGCCUCUCUCGGGCAGUGCUCCUCAUGGCCCACACGUUCACCGGCUCACCAUCGUCCUCAUCGAACGCAUCAGUAGGAACUCUGAGCCCAACAAGUCCACACCAUACAUAACGGCCAACAUCAUGGCCUUCGACGCAACGAUUGCCGGCGUGACGCUGGGCGGCAGCCUGCUGUCUGCCACUGCCUCCUUCUGCGUCCUCGCCUGUUUCGUCUUCUUCAACAAGAGCCAGCGCUCGUUCCGGCACGCCUUGGUGUUCAACCUGGCUCUGGCAGACUUUAUCAAUGCCACCGACAACAGCAUAUCGGGCAUCAUAUACGUGCGCGACAAGCAGCUGUACCCGGGCCCCGCGUGCGCCUUCAACGGCUGGCUCGGCCAGCUGUCCGUCCAGGCCACCGACUUCUCGGUGCUGGCCAUCAGCAUCGCGACGCUCUUGGUCGUCACCCAGACGGGCCGUGUCGCCGAGGCAUCCACUCUCGUAAAGGCCAUCAUGUGCCUGUCCGUCUGGAUCAUGCCCAUCAUCACGAGCACGACGGCGCUGGCGCUGGGCCAGAUGGUGCCCGUCAGUGGUAACUGGUGCUGGAUCUCGGCGCAGCGCACCGACCUGCGAUAUGCCCUCGGCCACGGCUGGCGCUUCGCCAUCAUGUUCAUCACCAUCGUCACGUACACAUACAUCUGGAUCUACAUUACGCGGCACUUCAGCAGGCUGAGCGCCGUGUCCACGGGCCCGCCUUCCUCGGGCUCCUCGCUGGCCGCAAAGGCGGCAUCGUGGCGGCACAAGAAGAGCCUCUCGUCGUCGCCGGCGUCAGAAAGCAUCGAGCUGGACCAGAAACGCGGCUUCCAAGACAGCGAGGCUGGCACCUCGUCAUCACAAGAACACCUGUACCAGUACGAGGGCCUCGAGCCUCAGCAGCAGCAGCAGCAGGGCAUCACAGCCACCACGACAAUCACAAUCGGCCACGACGCCGCAGCAGGGGCGAGCCACCACCAAGCCUCGGCAGCCGCGGCGACGACAACGACAUCGGGGACCGACGCGGUGAACCACGAGCUGUCGAACCAGUUCCGGGCGCGCUCGCAAAAGGUCGAGCGCGACAUCAAAAAGAUGCUGCUGCUCAACGGGUACCCGAUCUGCUACGUGAUCCUGUGGAUCCCGGGCAUCACGAACCGCAUCAUGGAGGCCUCGGGCAGCACCUCGAACAACCGGGCCCUGGCGAUCCUGCAGGCGUCGACGCAGUUCAUCGGGUUUGCGAAUGCGGUCACGUACGGGCUGAAUCAGCAGUGGCGUGGACGGUGAGGCGUGUUUACUCGUCGAUUUAUUUGCUAGCAACCAAUUGAUUUUCUUAUCCAA